UUGGACUACUUCAAAGCUGAACGGUCGAGAAUGCGCAACUUCGAUUAUAUUGUCAAUCGCUUAGGUCUUUGGACGGUUCUCCUGCUGGCCGGAGGUCUUCAGGUUGCGGUGGGCCAGUUGACAAGUGUCUGCCUGCAAGAGGAGGAUGGAACCCGACUUCCCCUGGCCACCCACUGUGCUCGCUUUGUGGUCUGCCUAAGGGGAGAGGUCUCCAUCAUUGGCAGCUGCCCGCGCGGCCUUCACUUCAAUCGGGAGCUCGGAGAGUGUGACUUCCAGUGGCGAGCCAACUGCCUGGGGCUCUCAGCAUUCGCCGCAGUGGAUGAUCAGUGCACCUGCGACUGUUGCGUCGAGGAGUGUCAGGACCCCAUCGAUGAGAUCGAUGAAGCAACCACUGCUGUCACCGAGGACUGCCAACCGGAUACCCCCACUUCGGUGACAGACCCUUCGAAUCCCUCGGCUUCCACUGAACCAACUGAUUCCACUGAACCAACUGAUAUCACUGCAACCACAGAUCACGAUGACCCUAAUAACUCCUCCAAUACCACACCUGCAAGCCCGGGCGUUGCGCCCACGAAUUGCAAAAGUUCUCGCUCGGAUUGUGUAAAUAAGGAAACUGGAACCUAUAUCGAUUUGCCCGGCAUUUGCGUUAGUUUUCUUCAAUGCAACGAUGGCUGCGCCGAGGAGUUCCAUUGUCCCUCUGGGCUGUACUUCAACCGGGAGGUAAAUGACUGCGAUUACUGGUGGAACGUGGACUGCAUACCCACCGCCGAUGCCUCGGGCGAGUUGGAAGGACCCUCGGGAACGUCCUGCUCCAGCCAGGGCGUAUGCGCCCGGCAGAAGGACGGAGAGAUGUUCGAGGACCCCGAUUCAGAUGGAUUUUUAGUCUGCCAAUGCCAGUGCCCAGUUGCGAUGCCCUGUCCCGACGGUCUGAAGUUCAGCGAGAAGGCUCAGGUGUGCGAUUAUGUGCGAGACAGUGAUUCGGCGAGUCGUUCCUCGGCGAGUCGUUCCUCGGCGAGUCGUUCCUCGGCGAGUGGUUCCUCGGCGAGUCGUUCCUCGGCGGUUGUGUGCUACGAUGGCCUGGUCUAUAAUGCCACCUCGGAACAGUGCGACUAUCCUGCGAACUAUGUGCCCGUGGUGCCAUGCAAUUCCACCAGCACAGUGUGCCAGGAUCAGCCGGAGGGAGAGCUCUUCCCGGUGGAAGGCAAGUGCAACAUGUUCUACAAGUGCAACUUCAACUGCGCCGUGGACCAAUACUGUCCGAAUAAUCUGGUCUACAAUCCGUCUAUUAAACAGUGCGCGUAUCCGGAAGAUUAUAAGUGUGAGUGGGAGUACACCCCGCCAACGGGUCCCAAUGCAGGACCUUCGGGGAUCGCCUGUGUGAGUAAUGGUCGCUGUUUGGGUGAACGCGAGGGUACCUUCUUCCGAUCCACGUCAAAUUGUGGCAACUAUGUCGUCUGCCAGUGUGAGUGCGAGGUCGAGAUGGAGUGCCCUGGUGGGUUGUACUGGGACCAGGACAUGCAGACCUGCAAUUAUAAAAACGAUGUAGUCUGCACUCUUUAAAUGACCGAUUGUCGAAUAAAGCAAAUAAUUG